CGGGUCCGCCGCUCCGGCAACCAGAGCACCCGCCGGCAACCGGGACCCCGGAGUCGGAAUCACUUACACAGGCCGGCUUCCAGCGUUCUUGGAUUCUUGGGUGGGCUGUUAGGUUGUUGUUGUUCCUAAUUACAGGUAAUUCAGAAUGACAUUCAUUUUGAGAACCCGUAUCUGGACAGCCCUCCUUCUUCUCUUCACCCGCGCGCUCGCCAACACAGAAAAGACCAUCUUCCUCGGCCCGGAAGCGGCCACGAUCCCGCUCGCGCACGCAAAACCCCUUUCCGAACUCGGCCUGGACACGCUCACACCAGCCAACGGGACGCUACGAACACAGCUUGCCGCCCUAUUCCCUUCGCCCGAAUAUCCGCACGGGACAGCAACAUGGCUCAUCCUCGACAAGCUCACGCCACACCAGCGCUAUGAGGUGCGAGUCUGCUGGCCGGCCACACAACCAACCGCGUUCUCUCUCACCACCUUCCCCCUCCCGGCAGUCUGGAACUCACCCGAGCUGCUGGCCUCUCUGCGAGCCUACUCCAUGUCCCGACAGCAGCUAUCUGAGUUGUCAGCAAACCAUGGCGAUGAUGAUGUUGUUGAUGACAAUGAAAAUCCCGCAUCCAGCAGCAGCGAGCGCGAAGGGGAAGCGUCCUCCAUCCUGCUCCUCCGCAUCCUCGCCGCAGCCGAUUACUUCACGACCGACGCGGCACUGAUGACCAGCGUGCCGCCGGUCGACGUGGACAUCAUCCUGGACCCGUUCCUCUUCAACGUGCUGCCGCGCUCACUGGCCGGCACGGCGUGUUACAUCGUUGCCGUGGCUGCAGUAGCCUAUCUCGUGGCCCGGAGGGUAUCGUCCUGGAUAGGGGAGCUGGCUGUUAGUGCGAGCUCACAGCAGGAGAGUGUGAAGAAGAGGCAGUAGUAGCAGUAGCUGAGCUGAUGGAGACUCUUUGUGGAAAAGGAAGAAAUGUAGGAGGUGGUUUCGCUCAUCACGGAUGCUGCUAAGUCUAUAGUACUAUGUAAAUGAAACUACAAGCCACGGAGAGACACACCCAUUAUCGAAAUCUAACACGCUUCUCGCUCGACAAGAAC